AUGCCGCGUGAACCGCGGGAGGUCAGUCAUGUCGACGACUUUCGAAGACUGGCAGCCGAAAACGACUCGGAAGACGUCGCCAAUUCUCGCCCCGACGACUCUGGCGACGUCGCCUGCGGCGCAUCCACGGCCACGGGCGACGUCGAGGCGGGCGGCGUGCGAGUUCGCACGGUGGAUUACAACGCGAGGCGCGAGACGGACUACGUGAUCGUCGUUCACGGCACGUUCGACGCGCCGCCCGCGGACGGCGCGCGCACGUGGUACCAGCCGCCCGCGCCGGGGGAGCAGAACUUCUGCGCCAAGAUGGGCGCGCUGCUGGCGCGCGGACCCAUCGGCGCGGGGAGCGUGUGGCGGGAAAUUCCGCGCGCGACGGAUUCUCAAGGGGCAGAGUCGCAGGGAGGUGCGUCGCAGAGGGGGUCGCAGUCGCAGGGAGCUGCAUCGUCGCAGGAGGGGGGCCAGUCAUGGCAACGCAUGAUGGACGGUGACGUGCCUUACCCGUUCUUUUGGGAUGGCACCAACACGCACGAGGGACGGUUGAAGGCGGCAGAAAAGCUGGCGCGGCUGUUCGACCUGAUAGCUCGCAGGGACCCAUCAGCGCGAAUCCACGUGAUCGCUCACUCCCACGGAGGCAACGUGCUGCUUAAAGCCACUGAGCUCUACAUGAAAAGGCUGCCCACACAGUCGCUCUCCACGCUGCACCCGGCCAUCAGGAAGCGGUUCUGGGCGGCGUACAGGCGCGGAUUUGAUAUGGUCAAGGGGUGGCGCCAGGUGGAUCGACCCUCAGGGUGGCGCCGGUUCUUCCCGUCCCUUGUUGCUAUGAGAAGCAUGACAGGAAGCAAGGUAUCUAAUCGCAUCAAGGAGCAGUACCCCUGGGGCCGAUACCGCUGGCUAGACACCCUUCUCGGCCUUCCCACCAAGCGGCAGCGCCUCUUCCUCUCCCAUCGCCUCGCCACCUCCCCUCUCUCCAACGCCCUGGGCUGCCUCGUGUUCCUGGGCACUCCCUUCUAUGUCAAGAAGUGGGAAAGGAAUGGAGUGCGGUGGCUCGUGGUGAUGACCCUGGCAAGCGUGGUGCUGAUGCUGGUGGUGAUGUGGGGCUACGUCAUGCUCAUUGGCUACAUCCUGCGCAGCAUUAUCGGGCAUGAGAAACUCGCAUUCCCCUACGUCACGCCAUUCCUUGCCUCGGCUCUCAUCCUCGUGUUUGCAACCAUUAGCAUCAGCAUCGAGGUGUCCCGCAGCACUGCCUUCUACAGCGGAAACAUCUACCACUCGCCCGACUUUGAUUGGUCACAUGCCAUGUCAGCACUGGUUGUCCACGCUGGCAAGCUGGAUGAGGCAAGCAUGGCACUGAGUUCCGAGCCUAUCGCCCGAGCCUAUGUGUUCCCGCACCUGGCGAACAUGCUGAAGCUGCCCUUCUGGAAGCGCCUCCCCCAGUUCCCACCUCACGACGCCAUGCCUCUCGACUGGCUGCUCUACUUCGCAUCCUUCGGCCGCAUUCUCCUCUGGAACAUCAUCUUCAUUCUCCCCGCGCUGCUGCUCUCUCUCAUGUCUCAUGUGGUGGCGCCGCUGGUGAUAGGCGCGGUGAGGAACGUGAUUGUGGUGAUCAGCUUCGGGCUCGCGCAGAACGAGCUGAGCUUUGCUCAUGUCUUCAUGGAUGAGGUGCUCGACCUGGGGCUCUCGUCGCAGCACGUGGAGCACUGGAACGUGCAGAAACUUCUGGCGCUGGCCAAGACGCGGUCGCUGCAGGGCGAGCUGAUGGCGGGGUAUGAGGAUGACACCUGUGACAUGGGGGAGGCGGUAUUUGAGGAGGGGUUACUCACGAAGGGAUUACUUGGGGAGGGGUUACUUGGGAAGGGGGCGCCUGGAGAGGGGAAGGAGAGAACGAAGGGUGAGAGUGAAGGAAAGGGUAAGGGUGUUGAAGGGGAUGGGGAGGGGGAGGGGGAAGGGUGGAUGAACGGGCGAGCGGUGCAGCAGGGAGGGUCUGGAGUGGUUGGAGUAGGUGGGGAGGGGUUGGCAGGACAUGAGGAGGCAGAGAGUGUGGGAGCAGCACAACUAGCACCACAGCAGGCAUCUGCUGCAACAGGGGCAGUGGCUGUAGCGGGUACAGAGGUUGUAGCAGAUACAGAGGCUGUAGCAGGUACAGAGGUUGUAGCAGGUACAGAGGCUUUAGCAGGUACAGAGGCUGUAGCAGGUACAGAGGCUUUAGCAGGUACAGAGGCUGUAGCAGGUACAGAGGCUUUAGCAGGUACAGAGGCUGUAGCAGGUACAGAGGCUGUAGCAGAGGGUACUGGGGCAGGGGUGGAAAAGGACAAAGAUAGCCGCUACCGCCCGACUCUCGACCCGUGCUUGAGCAACUCUGCUGGCCAAUGGCAGCGCAGCGCGAGCCGGCUGCGUCGGCGAGUUACAUUCAAGAGCGGGAGGACGUUCGGAGGCGACACCCGGGGAGAUGAAACUCACGGAGAUGAAACCCAUGGAGAUGUAACGGGCAGAGAUGUAACUGCUGUGGCGACAUGCCACACCCCUGAUCUUCCUCUGCUGCCACUCAGCGAAAGCAAAGGGUCUUCCUCCGACCCAUACCACACUCACAACAACAACUCGCAGCCGCAAGGGGAAGGGCAGGGGGGAGGAGGGGGUAAGAACGGAGCUGAUGGCUAUGGGGGAAAGCACGUUGGUGUUGAAUUGUCAGGAGGUGGGAUGGAGAAGGCAAGAGAGAGUGAGGUGGAGGGGAAGACGCGUGGGGAGGAGCAGUUGCUCUACGAGUAUUUAUGGGAUGAUAAGGAGUUGGAUGCAGCUGCCGCUAAGUGUCUUACUUAUCAGUGUCUCGAGCCGGAAAUUAACAAGAUGUGGAAAAACCCGCGGCUUACCCCGCAGCAGUUUGUUCGGCAGAUUAAGCAGCUGUGUGUGAUGAUUGAGGACCGAUUCUCAGAGCUCACGGCAUUGAAGAGCCAUUACUGGGGCUCGCGCCAGGCGCUGACGGCGAACAGCGGUUCCGUUUCCCGUCGCGUUUUUGCGCGAUGUGGAUCGACACAGAGCGGCAAUUCUCAACGCUGGAGGUGUGAGGCGAGCACCAGCGGAAGCAUUAAACCGGAUAUUCCGGAGAAAGAGAACCAAGAACAAACCGCAGAUUUCGCUGCUUCCAACGGCUCGGCGUCCUCGAAUUCAAUCAAGCCAAAGCUGAUCGCAUACGACUACGGCUUUCAGUCCAAGUUUCUCCGCACGGGCCCCAACGUCCCUGGUAACGUCUUCAAGCUCGCGUUCGAGAAUUUCGGCCGCGAGUACGCGGCCCUUCGUAGCAACGUUCUUUACGAGGAGCUCAGCGACGUGCGAACCGACAACAUCAAGAGAGAUGGCAGGCAACUUGCCCUCGCGUACGCGGGUCGCUUCCUCGUCUCAACGCUCAAGUUCUUUGACAAGCUCCUCACGCUCUACGACGGUCUUCCCGAGAUCAAGCCCCCCCCUGCCAUGCCCGAGGAGAGUGAGGCGCUGAGGCAAAAGCUGCAGCAGCUGACGCUGAGCAACGAGGCGGUGGCUAAGCGGGAGGAGGACCGGCCCCAGGUGGAGGCGCCUGGGUGGAUCCUGCUUCCCUACAAGCUCCUGUGCUGGAUGCUUGAUGUGAUCUUUUACAACCGCCCCAUCCAACGGUUCUGGUUCCUCGAGACGGUGGCACGCAUGCCCUACUUCUCCUACAUCUCUAUGCUUCACCUCUACGAGACCCUCGGAUGGUGGAGGGUCGGAGCCGAGGUUCGGAAGGUGCAUUUUGCGGAGGAGUGGAACGAGAUGAACCACCUCAAGAUCAUGGAGUCUCUCGGCGGCGACCGGCUCUGGAUCGACCGCUUCUUUGCGCAGCACGCCGCCAUCCUCUACUAUUGGGUCCUAAACUUCAUGUUCUUAAUCUCCCCGCGCACCGCGUACAACUUCUCGGAGCUGAUCGAGGCGCAUGCGGUGGACACGUAUGGCGAGUUUGUGGAUGAGAAUGCGGAACUGCUGAAAACGUUGCCGCCGUCCCCAGCAGCUAUUGCUUACUACAACAGCGACGACCUGUACAUGUUCGAUGAAUUUCAAACGUCUCGAGUUCCUGAGUCCCGGCGGCCCAAUAUCGAGAGCCUGUACGAUGUCUUCUGUGCCAUCAGGGACGAUGAGAUGGAGCAUGUGAAGACAAUGUCUGCCUGCCAGCAGCUCGACUCUGUCGUGCGCUCGCCCAACCGCCCGGGCUACGCACCUCUGCCCUCCCCUGCUGACGUGUACUUUGAAGGCCUGGUGGCGAAAACCUCAUCCUCCACAUCAGCAUCAUCUCCUGCCAAGGCAACAUCAGCCUCUGCAGCUGCAUCUGCGUUCAGUGCAGCUGUUGGUGAAUCUAAGUUGCCCAAGGAUGUCCUUCCUCAGGCACUCAAGUCGCAAGGAGAGUCCCUGAAGUGA